AAACCGCAGGCACAAGAAUGACCUGGGGAAACUGGACAACUGUCAGUGAAUUCAUUCUUGUGAGUUUCUCUACCUUGUCCUCGGAGGUGCAGGCUUUACUAUUUCUCUUGUUUUUGGCUAUUUACAUGAUUACACUAAUGGGCAAUGUCCUCAUCAUACUGGUCACUACUGCUGAUUCUGCCCUGCAAAGUCCCAUGUACUUCUUCCUCAGAAAUCUAUCCUUCCUGGAGAUCGGUUUCAACCUGGUCAUUGUGCCCAAGAUGCUGGGAUCACUGAUCAUCCGACACACAACCAUCUCCUUCCUUGGAUGUGCUAUUCAGAUGUACUUCUUCUUCUUCUUUGGAGCUGCUGAAUGCUGCCUGCUGGCCACCAUGGCCUAUGACCGCUAUGUGGCCAUCUGUGACCCAUUGCGCUACCCAUUAAUCAUGAGCCGCAAGUCCUGUGUCCAGCUGGCUGCUGCUUCUUGGUUCUCGGGGUUCCCAGUAGCCACUGUACAAACCACGUGGAUUUUCAGUUUCCCCUUUUGCGGCCCCAACAGAAUCAAUCACUUUUUCUGUGACAGCCCCCCUGUCAUCGCCCUGGUCUGUGCUGAUACCUCUCUGUUUGAACUGGAGGCUUUGACAGCUACUGUUCUAUUCAUCCUCUUCCCUUUCUUGCUGAUUCUGGGAUCCUAUGUUCGCAUCCUCUCCACCAUCUUCAGGAUGCCCUCAGCUGAGGGGAAGCAAAAGGCCUUCUCCACCUGCUCUUCCCACCUCCUGGUCGUCUCCCUCUUCUACAGCACUGCCAUCCUCACAUACUUCCGGCCCCGUUCUAACAACUCUCCUGAGAGCAAGAAGAUGCUGUCACUGUCCUACACAGUCGUGACUCCUAUGUUGAACCCCAUCAUCUACAGUUUAAGGAAUAAUGAGGUGAAGGCUGCACUGAGGCGGGUCCUACGCAGAAUUCUGGGUUCUCAGAAACUAAGACUGACUUAGUUGGAAA